AUGCAGUUAACAUACGUCGCCUUCUUUUCCUUCUUUCACCUUCUUAUAUCCAUCAAUGCCUCUGUGGACUGCAAUAAAUUUGCAACUGACUCAGUGAAUAAAUUCCAAGCUCUUGUACCUUUACUUGAGCAGAUUGUCCCUACCAUACAAAACAACUCAGUGCUUUCGCAUCACCUCAGUCAGCAAAAAAGUUUCAAUCUCGGCUAUUAUACAAAAAAUGUUACCAAGACAAUUGACGUCAUCAAUACAGCCACCCAACUACGGAAAGAUCAGUUGCAUACAGAAUUGGUCCAAAAGUGUUCCCAAAACUCCACAGAUUCGCAUGCCCGUCGUGAUCACCACCAUCACCAUCACAAAGGUGGAGUGUUAGAAGAAGUGCUAGGAGACGUCUCCGACAUCGAGGACGACAUCAUAGAGCCGGUUGAAUCAGCCAUAGGCGACGUCUCUGACAUCGAGAACGACAUCAUAAAGCCGGUUGAAUCAGACAUAGACGAAACAGGCAGUCUUCUCGGCUUAGAUAUCAUUACUGAAAUUCUUGAUCUCAUAAUGGCUCUGCUCGAUUCAUUGCUCGGCGGCCUAGGAGAAAUUGCAGGUGAAACUUUUGAUGAUGCAGAUAACAUUGCAGUUGAAAUUGAUGAAGAUGCGAGUGAUAUUGCAGUAAGUCUGGUCAAUAUUUAUUGA